CAAGUGACACUCAAUUGACCAGCCGUAUAUGAGCAAUGAAUGAGCGAUUAUAAUCUAUUUUAUUUAUCCUGAAAAUAUACUUUCCAAGCGAAGUAUAAUUUCAAAUUAAGUUAAUCGAUAACUAAUGUGAAGUUUACUGCAGUGUGCCUAUUGGAUAAUAUUUUGGAACAUUAUUUUUAAUGAAGCGACCUGUCUUUGAAAAUAAAUAAAUGACUCUCCCGCUGCCGAUAGCGCCUUGCGCCAAAAGGGAUGGCCUGAGCGGGCUGAGCUGCGAACAAUUCGAGUACGCUAGCACCAUGGCUACAACAUUGCUGGCACCAGUGAAAACUGAGAGAGAGAUCCUGGAGCACUCGAUGUCGGAAGAUGACCCGAACGCGAACACUCAGCUCUCCAGUGAAGUGGGGAAGCAGCCGCGCUGGGGCCCGCGGCACCGAGGGGCGCAGGAACUGGCUGAACUCUACAGUCCAGGCAAGAGACUACAGGAAUGGGUGUGCGUGGUGGUUUGUUGCACAUUGUGCGUGUGUUCGGGCCUCCUGAUGGCUCGGCACAUUCGUGCUGAUGUCUCCUUAUUAUUGGCGGCAAUAGCUGGUGUUCUAACAGCUGACUUUGCUUCGGGUUUUGUGCACUGGGCUGCGGACACUUGGGGAGCAGUUGACCUACCUAUUAUUGGCAAAAAUUUCCUGAGACCGUUCCGCGAGCACCACAUUGACCCUACUUCAAUAACGCGACACGACUUUGUGGAAACUAAUGGCGACAAUUUCGCUAUCACCAUACCCGUUCUAGGGCGGAUCGUAUGGCAGCUACUGACGUUUGACAAUACGAGUAUCGAGAGAGAAUUCCAUUGGAUUGCGUACUGGUACUUUUGUUGUAUAUUUGUGGCAAUGACUAAUCAGAUCCACAAAUGGUCGCAUACAUACUUCGGUCUGCCGCCUUGGGUGGUGGCGCUCCAGGAAUGGCACGUGGUGCUGCCGCGGCGCCACCACCGCAUCCACCACGUGGCGCCGCACGAGACUUACUUCUGCAUCACCACCGGCUGGCUCAAUUGGCCGCUGGAGAAGUUACGCUUCUGGUCCACUCUAGAAAACGUCAUUGAAGCCUUGACGGGCUGCAAGCCGAGGGCAGAUGACCUCAAGUGGGCCCAAAAGCGGUCGUAAUGGUAAUUCGUUUUAUUACAUAUUGUUUAAUGAUACGUCCACGGCAACCAAAUCAAUUAAUAAUUUAUAUUGCGCUGAAAAUGAUAUAUUCAGCUCUGUAGGAUGUAAUGAGAAUAUGACUGCUCAGCUGUCCGUGCUGCAUAGUUGCAUACAGCAAUAGGUACAGUCGCCAUCAGAUAUAUCGGAGCGGCCGAGGUGCUCACAAAUAUCUGAACACGCCUCUAUUGUCAAGGCGCUAGGUGCGCAUAUAUCUGAUGGCGACUGUACCUAAUAUUUACAUUGCCCCAGAGUUAUUUACAAACUGCAGUACAACAGAUGCUCUGCUACUGAAUGAUCCUUAGUGAUGUGUACUGUUCUUAGAGAUAUUCUUAGAAAUAGUGUAAUCUGUUCUCAGAAAUAUUACCUAAAGUAGGGAAAAUUUAAUACUAAUAAAAAUUGAAUAUGUAAGGUCAACCGGGGUAAUUGCCACUAUGGGAUUAUUGUGUCUAUUUGAGUUAUUUUUUAAACAACAUUAGUUACUACAGCUCCCUCCAUCUAGAGAAAAAGUCCAGAUAUACUUGGAGGAUAACACGUAACAUAGAAGGCAUUUUACCGAAUCGUAUUCAAAUAGUUGGCUAUUUUGAAAAUUAGAGUAUACAGUAUAACCUACACGGUGUAUUGGGUAAUAUUUAGUAAUAAAUGUGCUCAGACAUAUGUGACACAAAAUGCAGUGACGUAGCGUGAACUAAUCUAGCCGUGGGCGAAAUCGCAUUUGCGAGGCCCUUUUUUUUCUCUGCGCCCGGAGGGGCCUCUCGCGAGGCCCCCCUUGGGGCGCGAGGCCGUGGCCGACGACCAAAUUCGCCCACGCCUAGUUACGCCACUGGCAAAAUGCGUCAAUAAUGUUGAGGUAAUUGCGCCUAUGUAACGCAUUUGCCCCAAUGUCAGUGGUCAACCACCUUUUUAUUAGAUACGUAGUUUUACCAAAACACUUGAUACGUAGCUUUAGCAGCUAUUCAAGAAAGUUUCGUCAGUAGAAAAGCUCGCGAAGUUAAAAUUUCGACCAUACAAAAUUUUCUAAUGCUAGCUUUUCUACGGAACGAAACUUACUUCUUGCUUGCCAAGCUUUGCAAUAUAAGUCAUACAUUUUCCAGAUUUUUUUACCAGAGACACUUUCGCCUACACUUAAAUAGAACCUCUUUUAAAAAAAUAAUAUUAGUUUUUUGAACGACAAAAGGUUUACAACAUCUGGAAAUAAGGUUUGGAUAAAUGCGUCUACAAAUUAGGGACGCAUUUUACCAAAUUAUACUACUUUCUACUUGAUGUUGUUAAUUGCUGUUUUUGGCCCCUUGUAUUGAUUAUUUAUACCUUUUAAUACUGUAUUAUGAACACGUUUCACGAGGUUUGAAAAGUCUUAUCGUAAUUGUUUAUAAAUUAUUUUAAAAAGACGCAGUUUGCCCAACUCGGGCAAAGGCGCUAAAUUUCCGUUUCUUAAAAAAACAUCUCUAUAGAUAGGUAUAUUUUAAUUAUAAUGCAACGAAAAAGUUACUUCACGAAUAUCUUGGCAAAAAGGUGUAGAAAGCACACAGCAAAUAGCUAUUUAUGCAACAAGUGCGGAAAUCAUCUUUACGCACGUGUAUCAUACAAUGUUUUACUAUGCAUUGUGCGAAUAAAUAAAAAAACAUAUCAUGGCAAAUAAGUUUAAUUAUUAAAAAAUUGAAAACAAAAAGCACUAGUGCGGAAAGUAGUACUUUCCGCAUGAUAUGGCUCCGUAGGAAACGCACUUUUCGAGCACAUGCAUUGUAAUAGUACAUUAUGAUACAAGUGUGCUAAGUUGGUUAUUACACACGAGGCGAUAUUGUGCGCGCGAGCUGUAAGCGAGCGCGCAAUAAGAAAGCCGAUGUGUGUAAUGACCAAUGCACACGCGUUUCAUACGACGUUUUUCAACACACUUGCGAGAAAAAAAAAGAUACUCAUAUUAAUCAAAUUUUAAUAGUUAAAACAGUUAGUAUUGUGUGUUGCAUCUGUCAUACUGCCGGCCGCCCCUCGCCCCGGCCGCGGGCGGCGAGCCGAGCGGGCCGGCCGGGCGCGCCGGUGCCCGGCAGUCCGACCAAUUAAAGAAGGCUCCCUUUCCAUGCAUAUUAUUAGCAACCUUCUUAACUCAGUCGGAUAAUAUAAUGAAAAAGCACGAGUGGAAUAAUACACUGAAAGAGCGCGCGUGUUUAAUAUCUAGGAUUAUGAGCCAAAAAUCGGUGGAAUAAAAACGUUGUUUUGAGCAAGUGUGUUGAAAAGAAUAUUUCAAUACACUAAUUACAUAUUUCAUAAUAUGGGGUUAAAGGAGCUGUUGCUAAAUAUUAAUAAAACAGUAACGCAUUUGCCCCGGUUGACCUUAACGUAAUUUUAUUUUAGAAAAAUUAAAAUUGUUUACAUUAUUUGUGACAUUUUAAGAAAUAAAAUAUCAAUUGCCAUUUUAAAUAUUGCUGUGCUGUGAUACCCCAGUAGCAUUUCUACGUCAUUAUGACGUCAGCGACGUCAUUAUGACGUAAUAAUGCCGUCAAUAUGACGUCGCUGACGUAAAUUUGCUACCUGGGUAGUUUCUUCUUAGUUUAUAGGAAAUUAGGUAUGAUUCAACAGCUAUCGGAAUAUUCCUGAGAACAAUUUCUACAGACAUCACCAAAUUUCGGCAUCACCACUGUUGUUUCAUUCAUUAGGUGACGUAACCUCACGUAUCACCGACGUAUCAUCCUAAUGACGUAUAAAUAUGUCAUAAGAGAGAGACACAAAAACCGGCCAAGUGCGAGUCGGACUCGCCCACCGAGGGUUCCGUACUUUUUAGUAUUUGUUGUUAUAGCGGCAACAGAAAUACAUCAUCUGUGAAAUAGAAUUGGCCAUGUCAUCUGUGUCUGGUCAUUUCAUAAAUUGCGAUCAAUUGUUGAAAUGCAGGCCAUUUCAACAAUUGAUCGCAAAAGUAGCGUAGUUUGUUUAACGUAGACUAAUUUCCCGAGUCCUAUUUAUCGUGUAUCCUGUCUCUCUCUCUCUCUCUCUCUCUCUCUUUCUUUCUCACUCUCUACAACUCCCUGUACUCCAUAAAAGCCCUUAUUACACCGCCCAUACGUAUUUCAGAUUAACUAUAAGAACAGUUCACAAUUAUCAAUCGCCCACUCCUUGAUAGAGUCAAACGUUAGUGGUCACGUCAUAAAAUGGUUACAUGUAUUGUUUAAACACAGGGCAGAGGGGCAGCUAAUGUAAUAAUGAUAAAUAAUGAUGAUAGCGGCGACUCAAUUCUUAUACGGUACUUCGCUACGUAAGCGCCGACCUCAUUUAUUAUAAUAAUUUCCGAUACACCUUUUUAUUACGGCCAGUGCGCCAUCCUUUGAUUCUUACGUAACGGUAUCGGUAUGGCCAAGCGCUGAUAAGUAAUUAGUUUUAUUAGCAGGUCAUAAAUGGCCAAUUCCACGAUAUGUCCAAUUAUGAAUUAUUGACGUUGAGCACUUUAUUGUUGGUGGAAUAACAAAAAAAAGUAUAUUUUUGUCAUUUUAUCGAAAUAUACCUAUAGGGAGCGUGCAUAAACUGUAGAGGGCAGCACAGGUCAGAUUUUUGGCGCGAGGCGCAAAAUAUGUAAAGCUCCCUCCAGACUAUGUGCGUGAAUCGCGGCGCGACUUCGCGGAGAGAACAUGUCGCGACAUUGACGUAUGACUCCACACUCGCAAACUUCACGGCGAUUUCGCAGUUUGGUUCGCGCCAAGAUGGCGGAAACGGAAAAGCAUAAGCUGAUCGAGGUUAACUGCUAGUUAUCUAUGGCAUCAUACGUGAUUUAGCUAUUUUUCCAUUUUGUUUUGUUGUAAAACCGUAAAAUAUAGCCUCUUUAUAUAAUAUAAUUAUUAUUUAUCUUGCCACAUAUGAGUCAAAAUAGUGUGUAAUUUGGAGUCUUGCCAGUUCGCGCUUCGCGCCUCCUUUGACUCGGGCCGAUAAACCGACUAAAAACGGAGAACUAGGAGCGGAGGCGUGAACAAUCUGCGAAAUCGACGCCACACUUACGUUCGCGGCGUCGCGCCGUGAUUCGCGCAUGAGUGUGGAGGACCCUUAAUGCCACAAGAUGGCAAACCCUCCAACCCGCACGGCUCCUAUGGAUAAACACUUUCGGGUUAUAUUGCUAAUUGCAUCUCACGAUGUAUUAGUUGUUUUUUAGGGUUCCGUACCCAAAGGGUAAAAACGGGACCCUAUUACUAAGACUCCGCUGUCCGUCUGUCUGUCACCAGGCUGUAUCUCAUGAACCGUGAUAGCUAGACAGUUGAAAUUUUGACAGAUGAUGUAUUUCUGUUGCCGCUAUAGCAACAAAUACUAAAAACAGAAUAAUAUAAAUAUUUAAAUGGGGCUCCCAUACAACAUACGUGAUUUUUUUUGCUGUUUUUUUCCGUAAUGGUGCGGAACCCUUCGUGCGCGAGUCCGACUCGCACUUGGCCGGUUUUUUUUAAUAGUGCAUUGCUAUGUAAGUAUAUUAUGACUAUGAUUUGAAAAGUUUUGGAUAUUAUGAAUAUUCCUGGGAACGGCACAUCACUUCGCUAGUUUGCAUGGCAGCUUUGUACCAUGCUCAAUUAAGUUAUUCCAGAGUUUUAUUUUUAUAAACAAAGCAUUUACAAAAGUUAUUAUGCAAAAUAGGAGAAAGCUCUAACCCUUAUAAAUCCAAAAAAAUGUACCUAAUACCUACUGCAGCACAGCUUAAUACUCUAAAUCAUGAAUCGAAAUAGUUAUUUGUUAUACAAGGGUGCAAAGUUGUAUUUUACCCGCGAGUGUGGAAUUGAAACAUGAGCAAGCGAAAGGAUUCUAUAGUUGAACCACGAGCGAAGCGAGUGGUUCUAAAAUAGAAUCCUGAGCGUAGCGAGUGUUUCAACACACGAGAAGUAAAAUACAUUUGCACCCGUGUGUAACACAAAACUUUUCCCCUCACUAUAGCGAGGAAAGUGCAACAUCCACAGGCGUUAGAUCAUCUUCAUCACUGGAAUCACUAAUUUGUUUACGAUAUUAUAACAGAAAACACUAGAAAUUCUGAUUUUUACGUGAGUCGGUGAGAAGAACAGUAAAAAUUUUGUUGACAAUGUUGACAUUUCUGUUCUGACGUAUGAAAUGUCAACGAUGCGUUUUGAAAUUGCAUCGACUCAACUUGUGCGUUCAGAAUUAUAUUUAACAUCAUUAUAAAAAAUCUAACGUUUCUUAUGGAAUUUUAAGGUUUAUGACUUAAAAUUAUUAACUAAAGCUAAAUUUGGUAUUUUUUUAUUAGAUUCUCAAACCAUUUAUUUAAGGAUAAUUAAUAUCUAACGAACCAUUAUUAUGAGCGUUUUACGUUUUGUUAUCUGUCAAGCUACUUAAACACGCUCCAUCCAAGGUCAAAUUACUUUCCCCACUAGUGGAUAAAAUGCGUUUUUCCCCGCUUGUUUUAAAGGAUAAUAGACGGCUUUCCGACCUAGUGAGGGGAAAAAAUAUUUCAGUAUGAUAAAUUAAGUAAAUAGAUGCCUAUAAUAAUAUUUCUGUUCACCAUUUAUUUUGGUUUACCCUGUAUUUUGGUAACUUGAUGCAUCUUAUGUUAUACCUAUACACUUUUAAGUAUAUACUUAAGCCAUCAAUUAUUAUGAUCGCUUGUAGGCAGUGUAGGCACUAACUCCUAAUUGUAAGUACUUUACUAACAAUUUUAUGGACCUAUGCAGUCUGAAAUAAAUAUAUUGAAAUUAUAUUAAUAUAUAAAUGAAGAAACAAAAUAAGAGACUGUAGGUAUUAUAUGCCGUGAAACGUUUUGAGCGUUUUGCUAUUUCUAUUUUCACAAUAUGAAUUAUGACAAUGAUACAUGUAGAUAAUUAUUAAGGAUAUUGAGAUUAAUUUAAAGACUAUCAUUUAAUUUAAGAAACGUAAAUUAACUACAAUAUCCAUUGAGAUCACCAAAGUGGAGUGGACCACACAGUUAAUUAUUGGAGGCAUAAGGUAUCUAAGGUUUAAGGUUAGACUAUCGGAAUAAGACACUUUCACUUGUAUCGACCGGAAUAUAGACCGUGAUUACCUUUUGUAUUGUUUUCGAAAUCCCGAUACCUAUAAGUCUAGU